GGGCUUCAAGCGGGAUGGGGAACUGAUUACAAUUUCACUUGUCAACCUGUAGUACCUGGGGAAAAAGGCAUGCGCAUGGCAACAGGCGUCUGGUUUUAUUUCAUCUGCAAACUGACAGAGCUUCUAGAUACGGUUUUCUUUAUUCUGAGGAAGAAAAUGAAUCAAGUAACUUAUUUGCAUGUCUACCACCACACGCUUAUGCCCGUUUGCGCAUGGAUUGGAGUAACGUUUUUACCAGGUGGACAUGGGACCCUUCUGGGUUUGAUAAAUGCAUUCAUCCAUGUGAUAAUGUAUAGUUAUUACUUCCUUUCAUCUCUUGGACCGCAGUACCAGAAAUACCUCUGGUGGAAGAAACACUUGACAGCCAUGCAAAUGAUCCAGUUCUGCAUCAUCUUCUGGCACAACUUCCAAGUCCUAUUCAAAGAAUGUGAUUAUCCAAAGUUUAUCAACUUUUUAUUGGUUACUCAAGCUGGAUACUUUCUCUAUUUGUUCGGCUGUUUCUACGUGAAUCAAUAUUUGAAGAGUAAAAAUGAAAAAAAAUCUGCUCUAGAAAAUAAGUCAAGUACAAGAGUACAAAAUGGAACAAUGGAAACUACUUCAAGCGAAGAAGAGAAAACGAGGCUUACGCAAAUGAAUAACAACAACGUUAUUUCAAAAAAUGUAAAAAGUCUGUGAAGUGA